GCGAGCAGACGGCUGUCUGUGUCCUGCAGUGUCUGUGUCUCUCUUCUGCAGAGAUGGCUAAACUCAAACUAAAACAUUGGAUCAUAAUAUGCGCUGUCAUAGUAACACUGUUCCUUAUUCAUACACAAGUUAUAAGACAAAGCAAGUUGAUCCGAACAGAAAAACGAGAGCUCCUGGUGUCAACAGAGAUCCCAGCUGAGCACAUUGACCCCGCCUCCAUAGAUCUUACUGGACUCGUCAACACACUCAUCAAUGCUUCACAACAAGGUUCACAGCAUCUUUUCUCCUUACUCAGUGUGACAUCACACAGUUCACUCUCUCUCCACAAGCUCACGCUGCUGGUCUACAAUAUCUCAGACUUUCAGGACAUUGAGAGCAGUUUAUUUCCAUUAAGAUACUGUUACUGUCUGACAAACAAGACCAAUGACCUCACAGAUUUCACAGCUAUUCUGUUGGAUGUAAUGGGAAACUCCACCAGUUACCUGCAAGAACUAUUUAAGUCCAGCUCUAUCCUCUCAGUCAGUCAGAAGAACAGCUCUGAUUGCAUCUAUAUCUGUGUCAUGGCUGGAAAGUCAGACAGUGAUCUGUCUCAGCUCUGGGACAUGGGCUCAGUCAGACCUCUGUUUAAUCAGACCAUCACAGAGGAAAUACCCAGAGGUAAUGUGACAUUUCCAUUGCUGCCCUUUGUAGUGUGGCAUGACCUCCCAAACACUAGUGAACUGGUACUAUGGCCUAAACCCAGUACAGAUUCCCACAGGAGCAGAGUACCUACCUCUACAAUAACAUCAACACCACUUAUUAGAUCAACAGCAGCUCCUGAAACUACCUUCACUGUGACGACCACCACAACCUCACCCACUAGUGAUCUCACAACUGCUGUGAUCACCCAGCCAAAAGCUGUAACGGUAACCACAAAUGCCAUCACUCCAAUGAUGACCAUGACAGUUUCACCGCCAACGCAGAGACAAACAACUACGACAGGCAUCCAGCUGCUCACUAAAGUAUCUCAUACAGAAAAACCAGGAUGUCCAUGGAGAAUAGAGCUAUUUCAUCAAGCAAGUGAGAAUGAGGACCUGAAAGAGACCCUUGAAGAGGAGCUGAUCUGGGGCAGGGCGACCAUCAGCUCAGUGAAGCUGCAGCCGUGUGUGUUUGAGCUGUGCAAGUUUUACUCUCAAUGUGUGUGCAGAGGAUUCAGUCACAGAGCAGCAGAGUUACAGCGAUAUUGUGUGGAUAGCCAUCGCUGGUAUGAGAGACAUACAGCAGAGGUCUGCAGUCGUAUGAGGAGAGUCACUUUUUCCAAAAAUCUGAAACAGAAAUGUCUGGCAAGAAUGUGUGUGAAGAUGUAAGACAAGAACUGAGUUCAUUUGCGGGGUGACAGACAUCUGAACCACCUGAACUAAAAUUUAUGUACAGUAUGUUUGAGAGAAACUGGGUUCUGUUAAAUACUGAACUGCAUUGUCUUCAUUGAAUCUGUAUAGUCUAUGCAUCUAGUGUCUAAAUUGCACUUCUGAAUAUAAAUAAAACCAAACAUAUUUACCCAUGUUUGAUUUUUGAUGUAGUGUUACACCAACAAACACACAAAAAGUAUCUGAAAGAACAAAAUACCCUUAAGAUGGUGAAUGAGAUGGGAGAAAUGUUUAUAUAAACAUAUUCAGUACUGAGAGGUAUCGCUAAAAUGUGUUCAGUGUCAUUAAAAAUGGAUUAAUACACCUAAUAUCUGUGCGUGCUGUGUAUUUUUAGAGUUUAUUAGAGUAUUGCCUUGUUAGCAGCAGCUUAUUUUAAACUCCCUUGAAACCAAAAGGACACAAAGAAUGAUUUUCAACCCCCACUUUCU